CGUAACUUAUCAUUAUUGCUUUUUGGCAAUCCUUCGAGUUUUCGAGUUAUUGAUAUUGGUGUUUAUUUCAUUUAUAAAUAUAUCGAAACGAAGAAAAUAAUUUAAUAUCCCUAGCAUGCUUAGCUAUGCUAGGUCAUUAUACAUUUAAAAGUAUUAAAAAUGUGGGUAAAACCUCAAGAAGUAUUUUUGAAGACCCCUUUGUGGGAUAACGAUGAAACUACACUAUAUUUCGUUCUGCAAAGAAGAAAAGGUCAUGGAAAAUCAAAAGGACUUUCCUCGCUUCUGGUGGGUACAUUAGAUAGUGUACGCGACACGAAGCCAGCUCCUUACAGAAUUUUACAUCAAACACCUAAUUCGGAAAUUUACUAUGUGAUUGCGACAGCAUUAACCGAACAAGAGAUACGACAAGAUUGGCAAUGGCUUUUUGAUAAUGUAAGCGCAACUUUGCAUUCAUUUGAUUCUGAAGAAGAAAUAACUGAAUUUGUCUGUUGCAAAAUCAAUUCUAUUAUUGCAACAGAACAAGAAAAUUUUACUGAAGAUGAAGAUACCAUUACAUAUAAAAAUGUUGUCUAUGAAUUCCGUCAACGAUUUUCAAUGCCAAAAGAUGAAAAAUUGGUCUGUUAUUAUUCAUGCAGUUAUUGGAAAGGUAAAAUGCCUCGUCAAGGUUGGAUGUACCUUUCCGUUCACUACAUGUGCUUCUAUUCAUAUAUAUUUGGACGUAAGACAACUCUUAAGAUACGUUGGGCUGAUGUCACUGAGCUUGCUAAAACGAACAGUUUAUUGUUCCCUGAUUCAAUAAAAGUGGUAACCAGGGAUGGUGAACAUUAUUUUACAAUGUUUCUAAAGAAGAAUGAAACGUUUGCACUUAUGCAGCAAUUGGCAAAUAUUGCUAUGAAACAGUUAAUCGACGAUAAAUCUGGUUCGUUUAACAUUGACAAAGACUUGCUCACUAAGUUGAGUAAGAAUGUACCCAAGAAGGCGUCUUUUCUGAAGCGCGACUUAGACGCAAGGAAACAGUCGAAUUUGUACACGUUGCGAUUUCGUUUACCUCACACGGAAAAGUUGGACGGAACUGAGGAGUGUACUCUGUGGACGCCGUACAAUAAACGCCACAACUGGGGCAGAUUGUAUUUGUCACAGAAUUUCAUCUGUUUCGACAGCCGAGUACGUCACCUCGUCCGCCUAACAAUACCGCUCCGUAACGUUCACCAAGUGGAGCGUGCAGAUUCAGGCGGUACGGGCAGUUCAGGAGAUUCAGGCAACAUCCUCAUCACGACCGCACACCACACCAGCUUCCUCUUCGGGAACAUAUCCGACAGGGAUUUUCUCGUUCACAAGAUGUCGGAGCUACUCGCUAAGUUGCCGAAUGAUGUGUACAGGGAGAAGCCGAAAACGGCAUCGCAGAACACGAGCGAUGAAGACAAGUGGACCCCGCAACCACCUCUGAUGGUACUGUUCCGGACUCACCAGACCUCAACGAUCAAACAGAUACAGCAGAAGAAGGAAAAGCAGUGGGAGGAUCAUAUGGCUGAAGUCGGCCGCGGCGUCAGCAUGUACCGCACCACCGAAGGAAGCGAGCUCGUCGUCAACGGUAUACCGGAAUCUCUCCGGGGCGAGCUGUGGAGUGUGUUCUCGGGGUCCAUACUGCAAAAGGCUCAGAACAAGGGUCUCUACGAAAAAUUGGUGAACGAAGCAUUGUCGUCGAAGAAUCAAGCGAAUGACGAAAUAGAGAGGGACUUGCAUCGCUCCCUGCCUGAACAUCCUGCUUUCCAGAACGAUGUCGGUAUAUCAGCGUUGCGUCGCGUGCUGUGCGCGUACGCGUUGAAGAACCCCACCAUCGGCUACUGCCAGGCGAUGAAUAUCGUGGCGUCCGUGCUGCUCAUCUACUGUCCAGAGGAGCAGGCCUUCUGGCUGCUGGCGACCAUUUGCGAGACCUUGCUGCCGGACUACUACAAUACUAGUGUCGUAGGGGCGCUGGUCGAUCAAGGCGUUUUGGAAGAACUCACGAAGGCCCAUCUUCCCGAACUUCACGCUAAGUUAGACGAACUGGGUAUGAUGAAGAUGAUAUCUCUGUCCUGGUUCCUGACACUCUUCAUCAGCGUGAUGCCGUACGAGUGUGCUGUCAACGUGAUGGACUGUUUCUUUUAUGACGGCGCUAAAGUCAUAUUCCAGGUGACCCUCACAAUUCUUGAUAUAAACCGAGAGAAACUACUGAAGUGCACGGAAGACGGUCAAGCGAUGCAGGUCUUGAGUGACUAUCUUGAAGGCAUUUACAACGAAGAAGCAAUGGCCUUGUCCACCGAGCCCCGAAAUGCUCAAAAGACGAUAAAAAUUCAAGAGCUAGUGUACCAGUCGUACCGCUCGUACGGAGCCAGCGUCAGCGGGGAGACCAUCGAGCACCUGCGACUGAGGCACCGCCUGCGUGUCGUGCGGCAGCUGGAGGACAGCCUUGAACGAAACACCCUGCGAGCCCUACAGCAAGACCGACUGCUGGACCCCGACGAGCUGCAGGAACUCCUAAGCGUAAUCCGCGAAGAACUGUUUUGGGCCAAGCGCGUCCCGUGCGAGAGGCUCGAGGCGCCGUACGAGGCCUACAGGCUCGACUACGGCCAGUUCAAGACGCUGUUCUCGGCCCUGUCGCCCUGGGCCAAGGGAGACUACGCGGAAGCGAUAACCGCCAGGAUGUUCAAGCUGAUGGACCACGACGACGACGGGCUGGUGAGCGCGCGCGGGCUGAGCGUGGCGCUGGGCGUGAGCGCGCGCGCCGACGCGCAUCGCCGCCUGCGGGCGCUCUACUGCGCGCACGCGCCGCCGCUGCUCACCGCGCUCGACCUGCGCGCCUACACCGACACGGGCGAGGAGCUGGCCGCCGACGCCUUCUCCUUCUUCGACAGUAUAGAGAAUCCAUCCACACCGGAGCCGGCUUUGCAGCGCUCUAUAAGUGAGGUGUGCGGCGAAGGGAACCCGAUGGAUAAAUCUACCGACAGCGCCUACAGUGGUGAGUUGGGCGCGUGCAGCGCGGAGUGCGUGCGCGCGUGCGCGCUGGCGGGGCUGCCGUCGCCGGGCGCGGGCACGCCGGGCACGCCGCCGCCCGCGCGCUCGCCGCCGCCGCUGCCGCGCGCGCACUUCCUGCGCCUGCUGGCCGCGCUGCACGACCUCACGCACCACUCCACGCCGCUGUACGAGGCCGUCGCCAGGGCCGGAACAUUACUCUUACAACUGGGAGAGCUUAACGGCCAUCAACGUGCCUUGGACCGGGAAAUGUCCCAGGACAGCCUGUUCCUGGCCGCCGCUGCCCAGCCCACCAUUGAGCUGGACCCUAAUGGCAACACCACAGAGAUCCCUCCAGAAAGAAGACAAAUUCAACCGUCACCUUCAAAGGAAAGUGAUCCUUCAGAUGAAGACACAUGGUCCAUAACGUUAGAACAAUUUCUCGCUACAAUGUUAGCUGAGGCAUCGUUGGAGGAAUUCUUCAAUAAGCAAGUACAUCUAAUGCCCUAUUUGGAAGCACUUAGACAACGAGAUAGGUUGCACUCAGUUUCAUAGUUGAUAGCUAACCUUGAUUGAUAUAAAAUUUAAAGGUUAGCUAAGCUUUUGUAUUGUUAAGUAUAUAUAUGAAAUCUUUAUAUAAAUAAUUGUCCUACCGUUCAAGUAGAUGGCUAAUCAGUGUUUUCGAAUCCAGAAUGAAGAAAUCAUGGAAAAUAUACAAAAUCCUUGUCUUCAAUACUUCAAACUUAUAAUCUAAAAAAUGAGCUUAGACAACAGAUUAUUUUUCUUAUACAUAUUCCAAAGCAAAAAAAACUUACUAUAGAAUUUAAAAAAAAAAAAUUUUCACUACCUAGCUUGCAAUUAUUAAAAAAUAUAAAAAUAUAAUACAAAAAUAUUAUUAAAUCUCGUACUGUUUUGUUUUUAUUGUUUUUCUAAACUUUGUGUUUUUAAUUUGAAUUAUUGCUCUGCCAAGAUAAUGUCGUGCUAACUAUAGUGUGUUAAUUUGUAAAAAAAUGUAAUAAAAUUAUUUGUGAAUAUACCAUGUAUAAUUAAUUAUGUUAUGUGUAUAUUAAUUCAUAAGUUAAUUUUCAUUAAGUUUAGUAUAAAAAGCACUUUUGAUAUAAUUAGUAUGAAGUUCCAAAUAAAACAUUCCAAAAGAUCGAUUUUAGUAAAUUCAUGUAAUUUUUAUUAUUUUUUACAAGAGAAAUUUUUAAUACCCAUAUUACCUUUACAGAGUUAAGCAUAGCCAUAUUAAUAUAAGUUAAUUUAAGUAAAAAUAUAUAAACAUCAACCAAAUGAAUUAUUUCUUCAUUAUAAUUUGCACUAAUUACAUAAAUGUAAAAUUAAUAACUAAGAUGAAUAUGAAAAUAUGUAAAUGAGUACAAAUAACAAUUGAAAUGUUAAUAAUAGAAUGGAAUCUUACUUUCAUAGCAUUUUACGCAUUACUAAUAGUGCUUCAUGUACGUAAGAAAUGGUGCUUUUCAAUAAAUUAGGCUUUCUUCAAAUCUAAAUCAUGAUUCAUUUGAAAAUAAUAAAAUUGCUCUAGCAUACUAGUCACAGUAUAAUGUAUGCUUUAUAUAUUUUUAUAUGCUUGGAGUUUUAUAAAAUUAGUAAAACAUAUAAUUUAAGUAAUUAGACAAUGCUGCUAUAUACUUGGUUAUUGAAUGAAAUAUAAUAGCUUCAAACUUAUAGCAAUCGAAAUAAUCAAAUAAAUGAUAAACAUAAUCUUAGAAUGUAUGGAAAUUGUUACUAAAAUAUAAUCGUUCAUGAGACAAUACACGUUGCUUUGAGCUUUAUUAAAUCCAUUGCACUAUGCUACGCCAUACGAAUCCAUUAAAUAUAAACGCAUUAUGAACGUGGAUUCACAAUUUUCAUUUGUAGAAAUGUAAAUUGCAUUUUUAUGUUUUUUUUUGUUAUUAUUUAUUAGAGAAUAGCUGCUCAUUUAAAUAAUAAACACUCUACCCUUUCACUAAAUGCAUGUGAAAGAAUUACUACAAAUGAAAUUGUUUUAUUUCAAAUGUCAUUCCAAUUUAACCUCGGAAUGUAUAACUCGUUGCUCCCAAAGACAUAAUUUAAAGAUAUUGCUCCUAAAACUAUAUACUAUGGAAGUACCUAAUAAAUAUAUGUUUAUGCAAAAAAUAUUUUAUAUUUAAUAGAUUGAAAGCAAUAUGAUUGUUUGAAGUCAAUUUUGCAUUGUUUUAUCUGUAAUUAUUAGUUUUUUUAAGUAGAAUAUAACACUUGAAUUACAAUCUGUUGAGUGUAAUGAAAUGAAAAAAAAAAACUAACCACCUUACUAAUAAAAGCUGUAUAAACAAUUUUAUCUGUUUUUAUUGACCUCUAAAAUCUUUUCACCCUGAUUAUUACUGUGGUUGUGUUAUGUAUGU